UUAGAUUUUACUGAACAGUUAGAAGAAAGCCAGACAGAGAGUCCUAGUCCUUCAAAUAGUCUAAUAACUCAGGGUGCAGCUUGUAAUGUAGUUUUUCUAGGCAGUGCAGAUACAGAGUCACUAACAGGACCUCAAGCUGUCCGUAAAGCAUUAUCUCAUUUGUUUUCGAAACGAACACUGCCAGUUUUAACCCUAGUUCAUUUCAAAGUGUCUUCCCAUGGUAUUACAUUAACAGAUAUAAAGCACAAAUUAUUUUUUCGUCGUCAUUACUCAGUAACCACUGUUAGUUACUGUGGAUUAGAUCCUGAUGGACGUCGCUGGAAUCAAGGUGAUAAAGAAAUAAGCAUUCCCCUAGAAUCAGGGCGUUGUUUUGGUUUUGUUGCUCGUAGCCCAGUCAAACAAACAGAAAAUCAGUGUCAUUUGUUUGCAGAAUGGGAAUUAGAUCAACCAGCAUCUGCCAUUGUAAGUUUUGUAAAUAAAGUUAUUGUAAGAAAAUUCUUGCACGGGAAUGCAAAUGCAGUAUGAAAACUUGGCUUUUUCAUAUUGCAUUUUAUCAAACUCCGAACGAAAUAAAACUCUUCCACAAAUCCAUUUGAACUACUAAAAAAUUCCUUGUUAAUUGAAUUUAAAUAGCAACGACUGUUAUAUAAAAAUAAAGAAAGGAAUUUCUUAUCAAUGAAGAAAUUUCUAAUGCAUAUCAAUAUUUUAUUUUAUUUGGAAAUUAUUAAAUUCAUGCUCUGUAUUUUAUUGUAUAAUAUAGUAUUGGCCAUACAUAAUGUCCAAAUUGUUUUAACUCAUGUAUAUUGUGUAUUAAUUCAUUGAUGUACACUUGUUAUUGUUUGAACAUAUUGCAGUCAUCUACAGUUAGAGAAAGAAUUAUUGUAAUAUUUUUACUGAAAAAUGUUGUUUUAUUGUUAUUUCUCUUUAAAGUGUAAAAAAAAGAAAAGAAUAAUUAUUUAUAGAAUUUAGAGAUUUACUUGCAAUAUAUCCCAAAUGCUCAUGUUAUUUGAGUGCCUUUGAUUCUGUAUAAAAGUAAUUUAUAGUAGGUUUCUGGAUUAUUCUACUUUUAAUUUUAUACAAAUUUUUAUCUAUUUAAAGAAAGAAAAUAGUUAAAAAAUUCUACUCUAUUGAAAAAUGAUAAGUGCUUAGUAAUGUCAGUUCUAAUUUAAAAAAACAAUUUUAUCUGAUUAUUUUAUACAAUAAUAGUCCAUUUUAAAAUAAAUUUUAUAUCAAAGGACAAUAAAAGUUUAAUUUCUUGUUGUUUUUUUAAAUUUUUGAAUAAUUAAAAAUGAAAUCAAACAGCUUAAAAAUAAUUAUAUGUAAUCAAGUUGUUUUAACCUAUCUAUCUAUAUAUAGUGUAAAUCAAUUCUCUUUAUCAAAAUGUUCUACAACUUCUCAUCGGGAUUAUUAUUUGUUGUUAUUGUAUCAGAAAUAUUUUAUAAGUUGCUCCAUUAAAUAAUUAAAUUCCAUUUAUCCAACAAAAUUUAUAGCCAACCUUAUGUGAUUAUUCAUAAGGUUGAAUAAUAUGAAAUUGAAGUUAUUAUUUACAGAAGGAAAAAGAAAUUCACGUUUUUGAAUUUAAAUUAAAAAAAAAAUGGGAAUAAAACUAUGAAUUUCUAUAAUAUAGAAUUAAGUACAAAGCAUUGGAAUAAUAUACUUCAUUAUUGGAUAAAUGGAUUUAUAUCAUAGUUAAGAAGAGUUAAUUUUAAUGUUAAGUCAUUAAAAAUAUAAAUAAUUCAUUUUGUUUUAAAAUGGCAGCUAAAAUAUAUAUCAAUAAAAAAAUUAUUAAAAAAAGAUAUAUAU